GCCGGCGCACGCCCGUGCCAGCGCCGCCCCGCGCACCACCCCGUCGCGAGUGCAUUCAGUGUGUUUCUGUGUCUGUGUGUGUGCGCGCGAUACCUAGUGCAGUGUGCAAGUGUGUGUGUGAAAGUGACGUGAUGCCGCACCGGAUCGUUACAGGGAUUACCGACGACUUGUCGCGGCUCUAGGAUGCCCCAGAGGAUGUCCGGGAGGCUAAAACAGCGGCACUUGUCACCGGGAGACCAUAGGUAGUACUCGGCGAAACUGGGGGCCCCACCAUGGCCCCCGCACUGCCCGCCCUGCCCCUCCUGGGGAGCGGGGGGGCCUCCAUGGCGCUGGGGCUGGUCCCGCUGGUCGCCAUAGGGAUGAUCUUCAUGAGGUACACCGCCAUCGACCCGGAGUCCAGGCCCAUCGACGUGCGCGAGGUGCUGCCGGUGUACGACUUCGUCAUCGUGGGCGGCGGCUCGGCGGGGGCGGUGCUGGCCAACCGCCUGUCCGAGGUCACCGACUGGACCGUGCUGCUGCUGGAGGCCGGCGGCGAUGAGACCGAGAUCUCCGACGUGCCCUCCCUCGCCGGCUACCUGCAGCUCUCGGACAUGGACUGGCAGUACAAGACGUCGCCGCCAGGCGGCGACGCGGCCUACUGCCUGGCCAUGAACGGCGACCGCUGCAACUGGCCGCGCGGCAAGGUGCUCGGCGGCUCCUCCGUGCUCAACGCCAUGAUCUACGUGCGCGGCAACCGCUACGACUACGACAACUGGGAGCAGCUGGGCAACCCGGGCUGGGGCUACGACAGCGUGCUGCCGUACUUCAAGAAGAGCGAGGACAACCGCAACCCCUACCUGGCGCGCACGCCGUACCACGGCACCGGCGGCUACCUCACGGUGCAGGAGGCGCCCUGGCGGACGCCGCUGUCCCUCGCCUUCGUGCAGGCCGGCGUCGAGCUCGGGUACCCGAACCGGGACAUCAACGGCGCCAAGCAGGCCGGCUUCAUGCUGUCGCAGCUCACCAUCCGGCGCGGGUCGCGCUGCUCCACUGCCAAGGCGUUCCUGCGGCCCGUCCGCCUGCGCAACAACCUCCACGUGGCGCUCAAGGCGCAGGCCCUCAAGGUGCUCAUCGACCCGGGGCAGACUUCCAGCGACAAGACGGGCAGCGGCGCCAUCCCGUUCGCGUACGGCGUGCAGUUCAUGCGCGGCAGUCGCAAGCAGGUCGUCCGCGUGCGCAGAGAGGUGAUCCUGUCGUCGGGCGCCAUCGGCUCUCCGCAGCUGCUCAUGGUGUCGGGCGUGGGCCCGCGCGCGCACCUGCAGGAGCUGGGCAUCCCCGUGGUGGCCGACCUCAAGGUGGGCCACAACCUGCAGGACCACGUCGGGCUGGGCGGGCUCACGUACCUGGUGGACGAGCCCGUCACCUUCAAGAAGUCGCGCUUCCAGACCGUGGCCGUGGGCCUGGAGUACAUCUUCAACGAGCGAGGGCCGCUCACGACCGGCGGCGUCGAGGGCCUCGCCUUCGUCAACUCUAAGUACGCCAACAAGUCCAUCGACUUCCCGGACAUCCAGUUCCACUUCGCGCCCAGCUCCGUCAACUCGGACGGCGGCGAGCAGAUCCGGAAGAUCCUGGGGCUGCGCGACCGCGUGUACAACACCAUGUACAAGCCGCUGGUCAACGCGGAGACGUGGACCAUCCUGCCGCUGCUGCUGCGACCCAAGAGUUCGGGCUGGGUGCGACUCAAGAGCCGCAACCCGCUGCACUACCCGCUCAUCGAGCCCAACUACUUCGCGCACCGCGAGGACAUCGACGUGCUCAUCGAGGGCAUCCGCAUCGCCAACGCCGUGUCCAACACCACGGCCUUCCAGCGCUUCGCGUCGCGGCCGCUCACCACGCCCAUGCCGGGCUGCCGCCACCACCCCUUCGACUCGGACGCCUACUGGGAGUGCGCCAUCCGCCACUUCACCUUCACCAUCUACCACCCCACCGGCACCUGCAAGAUGGGGCCCAUCACGGACCCGGACGCCGUCGUGGACCCCCGCCUGCGCGUCUACGGCGUGCAGCGGCUGCGCGUCGUCGACGCCUCCAUCAUGCCGCAGAUCGUGUCGGGCAACCCCAACGCCCCCGUCAUCAUGAUCGGCGAGAAGGCGGCCGACAUGAUCAAGGAGGACUGGGGCGUCAAGACCACGUAGACGGGGCCAAACUGGGACCGGGCGUCCCUUUUACCGGAGGACAUCAUUUUCGGACUCAAAAAAAAUCGGGUCUCCUUUUAAUUAUUUAGAAAACAAAAAUCUUCAAAGGACCGCAUGUUGAAGCAUGAGCCCCAGCCAUGGUCAGAAUGGGGGAACUAGUUGAGCCCGUUCGAUGCUAGUCACGGGCAGAGGGGGCAGCCUUGCCCCUGUGAUGUUAACUGCCUUUUAGGAAAUAUUUUUGCAAACUGCGACCGCCAAAUUUUUUAUGGCGGUGAAAUGAAUCGUACUCUCUCUAACUCAUGUGCCAAGCAGGCGCGGUUCGCGGGACGUAGCCAUACAAGUCCGAUACUGAACCCAAGCAGACUGAAAUGGGUUGCCGGGAGGGUGAUGUUGUUACCUUUGUUGUUGUUGUUAUUGUUGUUAUUCUGCCGGUUUAUUUAUUGUACACCCUCUAACAAACAGGAAGAAUCCAGGUCCGGGCCCAUUCUCGAUUCGUAGAGGGUGUGCUGUACAUAUUCGCGAUAGUAAUUACGUGACCUAGUUACAUUAAGUCUGCCAAGUGUAAUUUAUUUUUUUACGUAGUGUUGUGUACAUUGUAAACUGAGUUUUGUAAAUAGAAAUAAAUUUGUGAAUUACCAGAGU